AAACGGUUUAUUAUUUAGGCAGUUGACAAACUGAAAAUGUACAUAGGGGAUGGGGAAAAACUUAACAUUAAUCCUAAAGGUAAGUCUAAUCUAGGAGGAAAAUACUAUUGAAUGAUGGCUCGCACCAUGGUGGGAAUCGCACUGAGUCUGUACCGGUCCGUGCGCGGCGCCUUCAGGGGCGUUAUUUUGUUGUGGUGUCUGGUGGCACGGACCGGGCGAGGCGCGUCAGGCGGCAGCAUGUUUCUGAGACGUGGAUGAUGCAGUAGUCCCCUCCCAAACUUCUCCAGAGCCUCUCGGUACCUGGUGGAUAUUCUGGACAGACUGCGUGUGUGUGUGUUUCAUUCCUGUCUCCAGUAAUGUGGGUAACUCUCUUCCUUAGCCAUGCUCAAGAGGUGGCUUGGGACGGUGAGGAGCAUGGGCGGCACCAGGGCAGGCAGCAGGCAGGGGUUGUGUUUGCAGUGGAGUGGGCGGCGGUGCUUCUAGGGUUGCUGCCUUUGGGGUGGCGCGAGGCCCGCUGGUCGCUGCCCAGGAAGAUCGUUGCCCUCACCGCCUCGGUCAGUACAUUCGCCAUCAAUUCCACCUUCGCCUUUCUUCACUUGGGCAAGUUUAUCUUUGUUUUUUUUUAUUUUUAUCUUCAUAGUAAUGUUUAUGUGUCUAGAUAAGAACAUCCACACACUCACAUACUGUGUGCGCACAUUGAAAAGUGGAAAUUGAUAUCGUCUCCUCUUUCCUUUCAGGAUUAUAUUCACAGUUGACUGCCGACUAUUUCAACCUAAUGAUGCACAUCUUGUGUGUACUCAUGUACGCAUUCCUCUUACUGUUGCCUCUCAUCAUGCUGCUCUUCCUGUGGGCGAAGUGUUCCAGCAUCACACGACUCCUCGCUAUUAUCAGAGACGACAUGCUGCCCGACGCUAGGAGGAAGUGCUCAUUGUAUCCGAUUUUGAUAUUUUUAUACGGUUUUGUUGAAUAUUUGACAUGCUCUUUUUAUCGAUAUCUAUGGUUCGGAAGUAUGUCAUAUAUAUCUGCUGCCUAUAAGAUGGCAGUCUGGUACACAGUGCUCUCUCUGUCUUUCAUCUGCACCUUUCCCUUGAUGCUGGCGCUGACCGGCGGCUACGUUCUCCGCGCCGCUCUUAUACGCACCAACGACGAACUGCACCAACUCACGUCCCAGCCUCCAGUGGCUCCCCUGCAGCAGGCAUUUCGAGUACUCCGUGGUCGCUACGUCUGCCUGCGUCGCUUCCACCAGCAGAUGGCAGACCUCCUUUGCUUUCCAAUACUGAUCUGGUCCCUUGAGAAACUUCUUGUUAUAAUGUUCAAUGUUUUUUAUGUUAUCGAUAGCUAUAAGAAAACGGAUCUUUACAUGAGCAUUUCGAUAAUCAGCUUGACUCUGGGAUAUAUGGUGUCCUUGUAUGUGUUUACCUCCUUUGCUGAUCAUAUCACACUUCAGGCCGCGGCGCCGCAAAGCAUCCUGCUUGAUGCAGACGUGGCCACCGAGCCUGAGAAGACUGAUCCUGAUGUCGAGGCGCAGGUGGCGAGGCUCCUGAAGGUCUGUGAGAGGCCGCUGGUCAUCCGUCCCUUUGGCCUGUACACUGUCUCACGCUCCAAUCUACUGGCGAUUGUCUUAACUGUCUCGACCUACGCGGUGGUGUUGCUGCAGUUCAACGCGGAGGACCUUGCAUCUGGAACACUGCCAUUGCCGGGAAACUGCAGCUGCCCUUAUCCUGAUGGUUCUCUGCAUUGAUGGACCCAUGGCCACUGAUUCCCUUCUGUGGCCGUCCUUCAUUUAAUAGUGACUUAUAGUUGUUGGUGAAUAAUGUGAAGAAAAAAAAAAAAAAACACUCAUGUAAAGUCAUGUAAAUAUUUUGAUCUAGACACAUUUUUUUCAAAUAUGAAUUGAUCUACUAAUUUGUCA